AUGACACCACUUAAAGCAUGGCAAAUGCAAGAUCUUAGUUUACAAUGUGCAUAUCGUGCAUUAAGUGAAAAAACAUCUGAAGAAACAUUUAAUACAUUAAUUGAAUUAUCAGAAAAUUUUCCAUCAUGUGCUCGUCUUUUAUCAAAAGUUAAA